AUGAGCCCCCAAUUGCUUGUAGACCCAGGCUCAGAUCCUGCGAAUAUAGAUGAAGAUGCAGGAGACCGUUAUGAGCAAGAUAGAAAACAAUAUACUCAAGACCAGGAAAAACAACAGACUAAAACAACAGUGCAAACAGGUGAAGCUGAUGAUUUAGAAUUCCCUGAAGGUGGUAAAGGGUGGUUAGUUAUAUUAGGGUGUGGGUUGGGGAGCUUUAUGGGGUUCGGAAUGAUCAAUUCAUAUGGUGUUUUCCAAACUCAUUAUGAGACAGUUUUAUAUUCAAAUGUUAGCUCGUCUAAAUUAUCAAUCAUUGGUGCAUGUCAAGCUUCUAUUCUUUAUUUCUUUGCACCAUUGAUGAUUCCUUUGGUUCAUGCUUUCGGGAUUAGACAAAUCUUGAUCUUGGGGUGUUCUAUGAUGAAUGGUUCAAAAGGAAAAGAGCUUUUGGAUUUAGUGUUUCUUUUGCAUAUAUUUGUUAGUCUUGGUGGUGUUAUAUGGCCAAUUAUUUUCAAAAAUAUGAUUGGUAAACAUGGAUUCGAAUGGACUGUUCGUACUAUUGUAUUUUUGUAUAUUCCACUUGGAUUAGCUGUCAUCUUUUUAAUACCCCAAAAGCUGGAUGAUAUUUAUGUGUUCAAAGAGGAAACAAUAUCAAAUUCAAAAUGGAACAAUGAAAAGAUUAAACAAUUACCUUUGGCAUAUCAAAGAAUCUUCAAGAACUGGACAUUGGUGAUUAAGGAUCCAAGAUUUUUGUUAAUACUUGUUUCAAAUCUUAUAGGUGCUUUUGGUUCAUACCCAGCUAUCUUUUAUAUUGAUUUCUUCUCUCAUGCUUUAUCUCCAAACAGUUCUGUGAGUUCAUACAUCACAGUCAUUUACAACGCUUUAGGUGGCCCAGGAAGAAUUCUACCUGCUCUUUUGGCUGACCGUAUAGGUAGAGUCAAUGUGUUACUGAUAUGGUUAUUCUGGUCUGCAAUUGCAGUAUUGGCUUUAUGGAUUCCUUCUAUAAAGGAGAAAAUUUUCAGUCUUUAUGUUUUCUUUGUUGCAUUCCUUGGGUUCACUGCUGGUCCUUACUUUUCAUUGCACCCAGCCUGUCUUGGGCAGAUAUUCGGUAUUAGAGGUUCUGAACCAAGAAUGCAGUUAUUUAUGAUUACUGCUAGUCCUGGUGCCAUUCUAGGUUGUAUAAUAGCUGGUUCUUUUGUUCCUGUUGAUUCAAAUGAUCGGUCAUUAAUUUUAGUUUCAUUCAAUAAGGUGGCCAUUUACUCGGGCUUGAUGCUCAUGGCCUGUACUUGGGUGCUUUUGUUUGUGAGAGCCUCAAUAAGCAGAAAGAUAUCUGUAUUUAUUUAGCACAUGACGUAUAUAAGUUCAAAGCAAUAUAUUGUUUGUAUAUAUUCUAUGCUUCUCGUAUCUAUAUAGUUGUGACGUUUACCUACAGCCCCCGAAUCUUGAUAAGAAUGACAGAACUACAACAUGAAGGGUUGAAGCUAGAUAGUUUUGCAAGAGAGUUAAGCUAGUAAUACGCCCACUCUCUACAACUGUGAUCUAUAAUCAAACUAAACUAUCAUUUCAGACCCUUUUCAGUGAUUAGAUUCCCUAAAAAGGCAUAUCUCCUGCCAUAUCUGGCUGCAUACAAAACUCUUCUUUGGGAUAAUUGCCUGGUACGCGACACAGCACCAAAAGGAGGAGCGAGUUCGCCACUCCAAACAAAUUCAAAGCCUUUGUGAACUCUUCUUCUUUUCAACAACACCCUUGAAUCUUCAACAACAACAGAUACUUUAUCUUCAGUUU